AUGGAUAAAUACGAGGAUGACGAGCGUUCUGAACAAUCGGACAGAGAAGAUUCAGACAGCAGUUUUGGCGAUUCAGACGAUAGGCCAGAUUCCGAAACAGGAACAGCAAAAGACUUUGCGGAAAUGACGACAGACAGCGAAUCGUUUGAUCAACACUUUGAUGACGAAAAAUUUUUGCAGGAAGAGGAAACUAACAACGAUUUGUUAGAUCUAACAAUUGAUACUAGUGCAAGUUUGAAGGCAGAAAAAAAUUUUGAACUAGAAAGUCAUUCAAAUGAAAUUUUGGUCUACGAUAGCGCGGAUGAACACAGAGAGGAUAUGGAAUUGCUUGACCCUACUCAUAUAGAACAAUUUCACACAGUAAUACCGCUGGAAAAACAAAGAGACAAUGACGACUUAUUAGAUGAGGAAUACAUCGAACAACGAAGUACAGAAAAGGACCUAGAAGAAGAAGAGCCACCAGCAGAAGAAGCAUUAUUGGAGGAUUUACUGUCAAACAGCCACUCAGUAAUAUCUCUGGCAACACAGGAAGAUGCUGAUGACAUACUAGACCAAACUUCUGUCGGCUGGGAACACACGCAAUCGGCACUGCACAACUUUUCGCUGAAAGAGCAAUUUGACACAGCGAUAUCAGUGAGAAGACAAAGCAGCGAAGAAGAAAUUAUGCCGAUACGUGCCACUCAACACGAUUCAAUCAGACCAACGCAAAAAAAGGCAAAAUAUUUUCCACACUUUGAAGUUAAUACCGCUGAAAUACCAAAAGCUUUUUUCUUCAGCACGGUACCUCUCGAUGCCGAUGUAUUAAUGGUCAAGCAAAAGCAGAAAAAGAGUUGUUUAAAACAUGAACAUCUAGAAGAAACUUAUUCGACAGAAACAGUGAAGAAAAAGAAGCCAGUAAUGCAAGGUAUAUCACAAAUUCCAAUCUUCAGCACUGUAGUGCCAGCGGUGAAACAGCGAGAUAAGGAUAUUCUUGCGAAAAAAAAGCAUAUCAACGACACCUGUUCAUCAGAAAAUGCACUGCCAUCUACUCUAUUACCAGUGGAUCGCUCCAAAAAGUUACGGCGUUCAGUUGAAGACGAGCCUACUAUGAAAGUUAAAAGCAGUUCUAAAAAUUUGCUUCUGCAAGGUAUAUCACAAAUUCAUUCUUUCACUGCAGCAGUAUCGUUCAUCAGACAUCGCAACAAAGAUAAUUCCUCAAAGCAAAAGCACUGCAAAGAAACUGACUUGACGAAAGCAGUAAAAGACAAGGCGAAGCAGAAAAACAAAGAUGAGUAUUUGAAUCAAGAAACCUCCACUGACGAUGAAUCUGCUAUGGCGUCUCAAAAGAAGAAUCUUUUACUGUCCACCAAAAUGUCAAAGAGAGAACCAAAGCCGAUAAAAGCUUCAGCUGAAAACAACAACGAUGCAGAAGCGGAAGCAACUGUAGGAACAGGUGACUUGUUUAUUUCACUUGUGAAGAAAGUUCCUGAACCGGGACAUUUCUCUGAAGAAAACCUGAGUGAAAAUGAUGACAAUGACAAUCACAAGGAGUUACUGUUCGAUAAAGCAGCAACAGUGAAACUAACUGAUGCAGUAGAGCCUUCAACGAGCGAAAAAGCCGGAAAUGGUCUAUUGAAUCCCCUACUUGUUGCCGACUUACAUCUUUCAUCAGUCAAAGUUCAACCGAACGGUUUGCAUCAUACAUGGGUGGAAGAUUUGAUAAGCGUUGGUGUCGCGAAUACUAAUAAGAAUAGCACUGAGGAUAAACCAUUAAAUGAAUUAUAUGAAAUCCAGCAAAUUGUUACUCCGAAAAGGUUUGUCGCGAACGCGGCUGACCUGUUCCCAGAAACCCGACCGAGGGUAAACGUUUCUUCACUGUUUUCUUUUUUCUUCUAG